AGUGAGUUGGACGGGAGUGAGUGUGUUUCGGGAGGGUCUAGGUCGCGGUCCGGGGCUGAGGCGCCGCGGACCACGAGCCUUCCUUGUGCCUUCUUCGGCUCUCCCGCCCCAGCCCCUCACCGGGCAGAAGCGUGGGAGGUGGAUUAAGUGGGAGCAGUUGAGUGCAAAUUCUAGACACAUCCUGCCUCCUCAGGAGCCUACACUGCCAGGCAGCAGAAUUGUGAACUAGAGUGAAGCAGCAAUCUAGGAAUAUGAGCUCCAUGAUGGCCAUGGGUGAACCAAGGCUGAACUGGGAUGUUUCCCCCAAAAAUGGCCUUAAGACAUUUUUCUCUCGAGAAAAUUAUAAAGAUCAUUCCAUGGCUCCAAGUUUAAAAGAACUAUGUAUUUUAUCUAGCAGAUCCGGUUCUAUUCAGCAUAUCCCAAGCGUGGGUUAUAGUCUGAAAUUUGUAAGGGAGAGGACGCCUUACUGGAAACGUAUAGGAGAAAAUUUGAAUGCCUCAGCAAGUUCUGUAGAAACUGAGCCGGCAGUUAGUUCAGCAACUCAAGCAAAGGAAAAAGUGAAAACCACAGUUGGAAUGGUUCUUCUUCCAAAACCAAGAGUUCCUUAUCCUCGUUUCUCUCGUUUCUCACAGAGAGAACAGAGGAAUUAUGUGGAUUUGUUGGUUAAAUAUGCAAAAAUCCCUGCGAGUUCCAAAGCUGUUGGAAUAAAUAAAAAUGACUACUUGCAGUACUUGGAUAUGAAAAAACAUGUGAAUGAAGAAGUUACAGAAUUCCUAAAAUUUUUGCAGAAUUCUGCAAAGAAAUGUGCACAGGAUUAUAAUAUGCUUUCUGAUAACGCUCGUCUCUUCACAGAGCAAAUUUUAAAAGCUUGUAUUGAACAAGUGAAAAAGUAUCCAGAAUUCUAUACUCUCCAUGAAGUCACCAGCUUAAUGGGAUUCUUCCCAUUCAGAAUAGAGAUGGGAUUAAAGUUAGAAAAAACUCUUCUCGCAUUGGGCAGUGUAAAAUAUGUGAAAACAGUAUUUCCCUCAAUGCCUGCAAAGUUGCAGCUGUCAAAAGACAUACCUACCACUGAAACACCAGAACAAACAGCUGCAGCUAUGCAUUAUGACAUUAGUAAAGACCCAAAUGCAGAGAAGCUUGUUGCAAGAUAUCACCCUCAGAUAGCUCUAACUAGUCAAGCAUUAUUUACCUUAUUAAAUAAUCAUGGACCAAGCUACAAGGAACAGUGGGAAAUUCCAGUGUGUAUUCAAGUAAUACCUGUCGCAGGUUCAAAACCAGUUAAAGUAAUUUAUAUUAAUUCACCACUUCCCCAAAAGAAAAUGACAAUGAGAGAGAGAAAUCAAAUCUUCCAUGAAGUUCCCUUAAAAUUCAUGAUGUCCAAAAACACAACUGUUCCAGUCUCUGCAGUAUUUAUGGACAAACCAGAAGAUUAUAUAUCUGAAAUGGAUAUGUCUUAUGAAGUUAAUGAGUGCCGAAAAAUUGAGACCCAUGAAAAUUUGGAUCUGGAUUUUGAUGAUGAUGUCACAGAACUUGAAACUUUUGGAGUAACCACCACCAAACCAUCAAAGUCACCGAGUCCAGCAAGUACUUCCAUAGUACCCAACAUGACAGAUAUGCCCCCAGCCCCCAGCAUAGCAAUCGCAUCUGAGGCACCAACUGCACCAGACAUUACUGCUCAUUCUAGAAGUUUAUCUCAGAUUCUGAUGGAACAGCUGCAGAAGGAGAAACAGCUGGUGACUGGUAUGGACACUGGCCCUGAAGAGUGCAAAAAUAAAGAUGAUGAGGGAUUUAUCCCCUGUGGUGAAAAUGUAUCAAAUUCUGAGAAGUCUUUGGUACAAGAUAGUGACUUGAAAACAUCUGAUGCCUUACAAUUAGAAAGUUCUUCAGAAACUGAAACCUCUAAUAAAAAUGAUAUGGCUUCUGAUAUGGAGUGUGUUGAUGAAAGAGUGAAUGUUCCAGAGAACACAGACAAUAAUUCAAAGGAAAAGACUGUUACAUCAGAAGCAGCUAAAACUGAAGAUGUAAUACUUUGCCAUAGUGAUACAGAUGAAGACUGUUUAAUCAUUGAUACAGAGUGUCAAAAUAAUAGUAAUGGAAAGACAACUGAUAUGGGUUCUAAUUUAAGUUCUAAACCAGCUAGCCUAGAUUCUUCCUCAGGACAGGCUUCUGUAGGAAACCAGACUAAUACUACCUGUAGUCCUGAAGAGUCAUGUGUUUUAAAAAAACCUAUCAAACGAGUAUAUAAAAAAUUUGAUCCAGUUGGAGAAAUUUUAAAAAUGCAGGAUGAACUCUUAAAACCAAUUUCCAGAAAAAUACCUGAAAUGCCAUUGAUGAAUUCAGAAAAUUCUAAACAACCUCCUAGUUCUGAGCAAGCCUCUGCUACUUCAGAUGCCUCUAGUUGGCCAAAAUCUAUAUGGCCUUCUGCGUUUCAGAAGCCAAAAGGACGAUUGCCAUAUGAACUUCAGGACUAUGUUGAAGAUACAUCAGAAUAUGUAGCUCCUCAGGAAGGAAAUUUUGUUUACAAGCUAUUUAGCCUACAAGACCUGUUGUUACUUGUGCGAUGCAGCGUCCAGAGGAUAGAGACCAGACCACGUUCUAAAAAACGGAAGAAAAUCAGAAGACAAUUUCCGGUUUACGUACUACCAAAAGUGGAGUAUCAAGCUUGUUAUGGAGUUGAAGCUCUGACUGAAAGUGAACUUUGUCGCUUAUGGACUGAAAGUUUAUUGCAUUCCAACUGCUCAUUUUAUGUUGGACAUAUUGAUACAUUUACUUCAAAGCUUUUCCUGCUAGAAGAAAUCACCUCAGAAGAAUUAAAAGAAAGACUUUCAGCACUCAAAUUUCUUCUGUUUAAUAGGAUAUCAAGUUUAUUUAACAUCCUUCAACACAUUCUGAGAAAAUUAAGUAGCUUGCAGGAGGGUUCCUACUUGUUGUCUCACGCAGCAGAAGAUUCUUCACUCCUGAUCUACAAGACCUCUGAUGGAAAAGUUACUAGGACAGCGUACAAUUUGCAUAAAACACAUUACAGCCUUCCUGGUGUGCCUUCCAGUCUCUCAGUCCCCUGGGUCCCGUUAGACCCCAGUCUCUUAUUACCAUAUCAUAUACAUCAUGGAAGAAUACCUUGUACUUUUCCACCUAAAUCACUAGGUCCCACAACACAACAAAAGAUUGGUGGAACAAGAAUGCCUACCCGCAGCCGCAGGAAUUCGGUUUCCAUGGAAACCAAAAGUCUGCCUGCUCAGCAAGUUGAAAAUGAAGGAGUGGCUCCAAGUAAAAGAAAAAUAACUUAAGGACUGUACCAUGGAAAACGAAGAAAAACCAGUUAUCACAACAUUCAGUUUAGAAAAGUUUGAGGGGAAAAAUACCUGAAAGAUCUGUAGGCAAGAGGAAUGUUUUUCUUUUACUGUUCUUGAGAGUUUUUAUAGUGCCUCAAAAAUACACAUUGACUAUGUGAAGCAGUGUUCCAACUAAAAUGGAAUGUUGUGCUCUUAACACCUGAUGUUUGAGGAGGCUCCAGAUUGGCAGGGAGAUAAAGAGAGAAGAAAGUAUUUUUAUAGUAGACCUUUUGCAAAAAAUUGUAAGUAGGAAAAUAAUUUGCUUUUUUUCAAGAGCAAUAUUUAUCAUUAUGUAUUAUGUUAAUAAUUUGAGUUGUAUUGCUGGUCUGUUGAGGUUGGCUCAAAAGGUUAAAUCUUGCCACUGUCAGAGAUAAUUUUGAGCUACGUAAACCUUAUUUCUGACCCAUCUGACAGUUUUUAUAUACUACUUUAAAAUGAUGAUUGUUGCAGGUUAAUGAAGUUAAUAUCUUUAAAAACUUGGAGAAAUUCCAUUGCAGAAGCCAAAAAAGGAAAAUAAAAAAUAAAAAACUCUCUGCCUCUGAAAAUUCACAAUACUGAGAAUGUAUAAGCAAGAAAGUGACAUUGGCAGUAUGAGCAAAGAUUUAAAAAAAAAAAAAACAGACUCAGUGUUGGCAAGGAUGUGAUGAGCUUGACCCACUUAUAUCUCUGAGGUGAAGGUAUGCACGAAGAAGAACACAGCAUCACUUUUGUGAAAAACAAAAAACAAACAACUUCCCUUGUCAAAGAGUGAGACCCAUGUCCAAUCGCCGGCAUGCUGAAAAGAAGCCUGCUCCACAACUCGGGGGUUGUGUGAAUGCCAAGUAAACUCAACUCCUCCCCAGUUUGCAAACUGCUCUUUCAACAAAAUUCUGCCCAACUUCGACUGCCGAAACUAAACUGUAAGUACCAAAUAUGCCUGCCACAUUUGUGAGAAUGUGGCCGAGCCAAUGAGAUAGAAGGUGCAGAUCUUAAAUCUACUGGAGUUGGACACGUCAGAAAUGGGUAAUAAGUACUACAGAUCCUCACACAAGAAUUAGGAUUUUUCCAGACGCUUAGCACCUAAGUAAUAUUUGUAUAUAUGUUGUGGAAAAUGCUGCUUGAAGGAAUGAUAGAGGCUGAGAGAGUUUGAAAUAUUUAUCCUAUGACUUGCUGAACCAUAAAAAUGCAACAAAAUGCACUGAGUAUCACAAAUGAGAAAAUUGCGGUUGUUAAAGAAGCAGAGGGACUUCCCUGGUGGCGCAGUGGUUAAGAAUCCACCUGCCAAUGCAAGGGACACGGGUUCGAGCCCUGGUCCGGGAAGAUCCCACAUGCCGCAGAGCAACUAAGCCCGUGCGCCAGAGCUACUGAGCCUGCACUCUAUAGCCCAUGCACCACAACUGCUGAAGCCCGCAUGUCACAGCUACUGAAGCCCACACGCCUAGAGCCUGUGCUCCGCAACAAGAGAAGCCACCACAAUGAGAAGCCCGUACACCGCAACGAAGAGCAGCCCCUGCUCGCCGCAACUAGAGAGAGCCCGCACGCAGCAACGAAGACCCAACGCAGCCAAAAAUAAAUAAAUCAAUUUAUUAAAAAACAAAACGAAACAGAAACAGAACAAGACGCCAGAACUGGUUCACUCCAAGCCCCACUCUUGUUCACGGACUCAGUCUCUCUGAUUCUCCUCUACCUUCUUCCCUCCCUCUCUUCCUUCCUUCCUUCCUCCCUCCCUCCCUCCCUUCCUUCCCUUCCUCCUUCCCUUCCUUCCUUUCUUCCUCUCUACCUCCCUCCCUUCCAUCUUCCCUCCUCUUUUAAUAUUUAUCUUCAGCUAAGUUAUACAGGUGAAUAAUUCUAAAAGUCACAUAUUUACACAAAAUUCUAUAUCAUUCUAUAUAAAUCAGAGUUAAGCUUAUUUGUUAGUAACAGAGACUGGAUGUAAGUACUUUAAGUAAGGUAGAAAUUUAUGUUUUUCUUUCAUGUACAAGAAAUUCGGAGGAAAGCAGUCCAGGACUGAGUUGAUGGUUUCACACUCGUCGGGAAAACAGCCUCCUCCUGACUGUUUGCCCUGAGCUUUUGUUUUCAUCCUCAAGUUUUUUGAUCUCCAUCCUUUGUGCCUACUUUCCAUCUUCCAGUUUUCCUCAAGGUCCACAGUAACUGAGGGAGCUCCAGACAUCACAUCAAGUAUGAGGCAAAGGAAGUAGGAGAAAAAAGGGUGUUCAGCAAAAAAACCCAGACCAAACCAAACCAAACCAACAAACUAAAACAAACAACAAUAAAAACCCCAUGUCAAUUGUCUGUUUUCUCUUUAAGGAGAUUUUCCUGAAGCUGAAAACUGCAAUCUUUUAGCUGAGUACGUUGUUGCCCACUUUAAAGAAAAGGUUGCUAAGGAAAAAAAAAUCAGAAUGUAUAUUGAGUCAGGAAUUUGGAUUUUCUCUGAUAGCUUCCACACGCGUGCUCGCUCUCUCUCUCUCUCUCUCUCUCUCUCUUUCCCUCCCAGGUAGCAAUUACUUAACUUGAUCCACAAUACCCACAAUUCCUGCUCCGAAAAGCCAAAUAUUUUCAACACUUGUAGUUAUUUCUUGUGGAGAUUCACCACUAUAUUUUUAAAUAACAUGCCAAUGUUUCUUAAUUUUUCAGUUUUAAGUAGUAUCUAUUGUGUAUUAAUGAAAAAUAAGGUCUUUUACUCCUCACCUACAGUAUACACACAGAAUCUCAAAAUGGUUACAUUAUUUUUCUCUAAUGUUGUUUACAGAAUUAUGAUUAUAGAAACAUAGAGCCAAGUAAUGUGUUAUGUUUACAUUUCCUUCUCAUGGCAACUGUUUCAGCUAUAUGUUGCUGCAUAAGUAACCAGCUCCAAAUUUAGUUUCUUAAAACAAUAAUUUGUUUUGCUCACUAGUUUGCAGUUUGGACAGAGUUUGGUAGGAAAGGCUUGUCUCCACUCAUAUUUAGCUGGCAUGGUCCACCUUCAAGAUAGCUCACACAGAUGUCAGGUUGGUACUGGCUGUCAGGUGUAGACUUUGGAACCUCUCCAUAGGCUGCUUGGGCUUCCUCAUGGCAUGGUGGCUGGAUUCCAAGGCAAAUGUCUCAAGUAAACAAGGUAGAAAUGCAAUCAGGAUCUAGCCUCAGAAGUCACACAGCAUGACUUAUGCUGUAUUCUGUUGGUCAAAUAAGUCACAGCAGGUCAUGAGAUUCAAGGGGACUGGGCAUACCCUCCUCUUGAUGGGGAAGUGGCAAGAUUCUAGAAGAGCAUCUGGGAUGGGAAAUAUUACUGUGGUCAUCUUUGGAGAAUAUAAUAUGUUGCGUCUCAGUCCAUUUGGGCUGCUAUAACAAACUGCCAUAGAUUGCGUGGCUUAUAUACAACAGAAAUUUAUUUCACACCGUUCUGGAGAUAGGUAAGUCCAAGAUCAAGAUCUGGUGAGGACCCAUGAGGCUUGUGGGAUCUUAGUUCCCCAACCAGGGGUUGAACCUGGGCCCUGGACCCCCAGGGAAUUCCCUGGGCCUCUUUUUUUUAACAUCUUUAUUGAAGUAUAAUUGCUUUACAGUGUUGUGUUAGUUUCCGCUGUAUAACAAAGUGAAUCAGCUAUAUGCAUACGUGUAUCCCCAUAUCCCCUCUUGGGUCUCCCUCCCACCCUCCCUAUCCCACCCCUCUAGGUGGCCGCAAAGCACUGAGCUGAUCUCCCUGUGCUAUGCGGCUGCUUCCCACUAGCUAGCUAUUUUACAUUUGGUAGUGUGUGUAUGUCAAUGCUAUUCUCUCACUUCGUCCCAGCUUACCCUUCCCCCUCCCCGUGUCCUUCAUGAAGUCCAUUCUCUACGCCUGGCCUCUUUUAUAAAAGUACUAAUCCCAUAUGAGCGUUCUGCUCUCAUGACCUAAUCACUUCCCCAAAGCCCCAUCUCUAAAUACCCUUACAUGGAGGGUUAGGUUUCAAGAUACGAAUGUGGGGAGGAUAUAAACAUUCAGUUUAUAACAUGCUGCAAUAAUUUUUUGUUUUCCUGGAGCUUUUCAUUUGAUAUCAAUAGUUUUUCUUAUCACGCUCACAAAUUCAUUCCAUUAACAGUGAAGCUGUUAAUGUCUUCUCAGUAUGUUCAAACACCUGGGGUAAUUUCUUCCUCCUACUCUUUCUGAGGCAUUUGUGCUGGAGCCUUUGGUCCUCUUCUCCAAGCUAGACUGGUUGCUCUUUUUUUUUUUUCUUUUUUUGGCCGUGCUGCACAGCUUGUGGGAUCUUAGUUCCCCAACCAGGGAUCAAACCCGGCCCCUCGGCAGUGAAAGCGUGGAGUCCUAACCACUGGACCGCCAGGGAAUUCCUUAGACUGGUUGCUCUGUAUGCCUGCUGCACAGCUAUUGUUCCAAGUUCUCUCUUCCCCAUCAUUCUGGGAAUUCUGUUCACUUAUUUGUGCAUUGAACCCCUUGUUUUCUGGAUCCAAUGCUCCUGUUUUUGCUUUAUUCUCUUGUUUUGGUGAAGUACAUCAUUCAGAAGUCUCCUGAGACGGGGUGUAUAGUGGGAUGAAUGGUGGUCCCCCAAAGCUUAUGUCUCCAUCCUAAGCCUCAGAAUCUGUGACUAUUUCCUAAUUUGGAAAAAGGGUCUUUGCAGAUGUAAUUAAGUUACAGAUCUCGAGAUUAUCCUCGAUUAUCUAGGUUGUUCCUAAAUCCAAUGAGAAGUGUUCUUCUGAAAGACAGAAGAGGAGAAGAUGCAGAAACAGAGAAGAGGGGCUUGUGAAGAUGGAGGAAGAGAUUGGAGUGAUACAGUCACAAAGAAUGACUGGGGCCGCCAGAAGCUGGAAGAGACAAGGAAGGAUUCUGCUUUAGAGCCUCCAGAGGGAGUAUAGCCCUGCUGAUACCUCAAUUUCACACUUCUGGCUUCCAGAACUGCAAGAGAAUACAUUUGUGUUCUUUUAAGCCACCAGACAGUAACCGGAGAGAAGACUGUGAGUGGAGGUUGGAAAAGCGAAAGGAGAUUAACCAAGAUGGCGGAGUAGAAGGACGUGCUGUCACUCCCUCUUGCGAGAGCACCAGAAUCACAACUGACUGCUGGACCAUCAUUGACAGGAAGACCCUGGACUUCACCAAGGAGGAUACCCCACGUCCAAGGACAGAGGAGAAGCCACAGUGAGACGGUAGGAGGGGCGCAAGCAGAGUAAAAUCAAACCCCGUAACUGCUGGGUGGGUGACUCACAGACUGGCGAACACUUAUACCACAGAAGUCCACCCACUGGAGUAAAGGUUCUGAGCCCCACGUCAGGCUUCCCAACCUGGGGGUCAGGCAACGGGAGGAGGAAUUCCUAGAGAAUCAGACUUUGAAGCCUAGUGGGAAUUGGAUUGCAGGACUUUGACGGGACUGGGGGAAACAGAGAUCCCACUCUUGGAGGGCACACACAGGGUAAUGUGUGCAUCAGGACCCAGGGGAAGGAGCAGUGAGCCUGGGGGAGACUGAACCAGACCUACCUGCUGGUGUUGGGGGGUCUCCUGCAGAGGCUAGUGGUGGCUCUGUUUCACCGUGGGGAUAGGGACACUGGCAGCAGAGGUUCUGGGAAGUUCUCCUUGGCGUGAGCCCUCCCAGAGUCUGCCAUUGACCCCACCAAGGAGCACGGGUAGGCUCCAGUGUUGGGUUGCCUCAGGCAAAACAGCCAACAGGGAGGGAACCCAGCCCCACCCAUCAACAGUCAAGUGGAUUAAGGUUUUACUGAGCUCUGACCGCCACAGCAACAGGGAGGGAACCCAGCCCCACCCAUCAACAGUCAAGUGGAUUAAGGUUUUACUGAGCUCUGACCGCCACAGCAACAGUCAGCUCUA